AAUAUGGCAAACAAUGUAUGGGAAGUAUAUUCUAGGACAAGCGCUGCGCCGACCGCCCGGUAGCCGUGGACUUAUAACCGACAUCACAUCCCUUUAAAUCCCUUCUACAAGGGCAGGCGAAUCUAAUCAUGCUGGUCCAGGGUGCGAUCCGGACUCUCAAGCUCUUGGCUUGGAGUAUGUGCCUGCUGACGUGGAGUGGUGCCUUACUGAAUGCAGCUGCAGCUGGUACAAUCCAAUUGGGAAAGUGUCAAGCAUACUGGCUGCAGCUCAAACCAGAGGCUUUCAACGCAGGCUUCCCGCUCAAAUCAACUUGUCGAUAUAAACUCAUGGAAAGAUGGGAUUCUGAUCAGGAAAACUCUAUUGUAACGCAUACUUCAGGGAAGUUUCCUCGGCGUGACGAUACCCCCAAGGAUGACAAAAAGCCACUGGAGGAUUCCAAUCCAGCUUUUACAACUUGCUAUCUUAUCGAACGGGACACACUCUGCCCCCACGGCGAAGCCAAGAACGAUAACUACUUUCAGCUGAGUGCACCUCCUGGGCAUGAUUCCACGCAAAAGUAUGGGCUGUUUUGUAUGUAUAUCCAAAACUUGUUGACGAAGCCGACCUUGGCUCCGAAUAAUGCGUGGCCGGGAUGGACACUGGACUGGGAAGAUCAGAACGACAAACACAAUCAAUGCAAGCUCAACUACAAAUAUACCGCUCCAACAAACGCCGCCUGGCUGACGUUCUAUCCGCCUAGUCACAAAGCUGUCCGCGGAGAUUUAUGCCCCUAUCAGCUGCAAAGUGCAAGACUUGAUUCAAGAGGCGUUCCUGCUCGGGGCUCGAAUGCACUGAGCGGCACCAAUAGCGUAUGGUAUUGCCGUUACAUUCUUGCGGACCCUAGAUGCAGCCCAAAUCAUCUGAGACCCUACAACUUGUUUCAGGUGACUGGUCCUGCAAACCUUAGGAACUUGGGCAUCUUUUGUCCCCUCAAAGGUGACGCCCGUCCACCUCCACAGGAUGCGUAUGCACAGCUUGGGAGUUUCGAAUCGCAUCGUCCAACGUGGCAUUACGAUGUGAGCACCACUUCAUGGCUCCAAAGUGCUACAAGCCCUGUUUGAGUAGUCACUGCCAGUGAUAUGCCCGUCGCCGAGUAAGCUUCACAAUUAGCUUGUUGCUAGCGUAGUAACGUUUCGUUUUCAUUUCGUUUACUCGAACACAUCUUGCUAGCGUUGUGAAGUUAAGCCCAUCUAUACCAUGAUCAACCCUUCCAAGCCUCCACUUGCGCAAGUGAUCCAACAAUUGACGAGAUUUCAUGGCGAAGGGACCGGCCCGGGUAUCGGACGGAACAUCGCUUCUUGCGAGCCAUCAGGAUGUCAACA